UGGAUACCCCCAGAACUUCUUUAUACCAGGGACAAUUCAAUUGCUAUACAAUUAAAGCCCCGUGACUAGCCCCUUAUCCAGGAUAAAAGUCCCGCCUGCCCAUUUCAAUCUAGCAAAUCUCAAAUUAUCAAAAAAUUCCCCGCGUGCUCAUUCUCAAUCCCCUCUAUACACAUAUCGAGCCCGCACCUUUUAACAAAAUGCCUUCCAGCUACGGAUGGCGCGCUUUAGCGCUAUCGCUGGCCACACUCACUCCCCUUGUGCGCGCCAACAUUUGCGCCACCCUCGCGGCUGCCGGAAUUGACGUUGAAUACCCAUUGUCGCUGGACUACUCGACCGAUCUGACGAAAUAUUGGUCCACUGCCUGCGGUGACCUGAAGCCAACAUGCAUUGCCGCGCCAUCCAGUGCGGCUGAGAUGUCACAAGUAAUCAAACAGCUACACAAUGUAGAGACGUUGUUUGCGGUGAAGUCUGGGGGUCAUAUGCCGAACAAUGGCUUUGCUAGUAUUCAAGAUGGUCUCCUUGUUUCGACCAAGAAUUUGGAUCAAGUGUACUACAACUCAGAUGACGAGACGGCUGUCAUUGGACCCGGUCUAGCUUGGGAGGAGGCGCAGGAAGGACUCGCGGGGACGGGGCGAGCUGUUGUGGGAGGUCGACUUGGAGGUGUGGGUAUUGGAGGGUAUAUGCUUGGAGGCGGAAUGAGUUUCCUCAGCACUCAAUAUGGCUGGGCAGCCAACAAUGUUGUCAACUAUGAAGUCGUCCUCGCCAAUGGUACGGUGGUCAAUGCCAAUGCGAAGGAGAACACCGACCUUUUUGCUUCCCUCAAGGGAGGUGGUAACAACUUUGGCGUCGUCACCGCGUACACCAUGCAGACGCACCCAAUUGGCCAAGUCUGGGGCGGCAAUUAUGUCUUCACGGCGGAUAAGACGCCCCAAGUUCUGACGGCCCUGCGUAACUUUGCCGACAACUAUCCUGAUGAUAAGGCGGCGAUUAUUCUGACAUCUGAGCACGGGUUGGUGAUUGAUUUCUGGAUCAUGUUCCUCUUCUAUGAUGGCCCUGAGCCUCCAGCGGGCGUGUUCGACGAGUUCACGGCAAUUGAUCACAUAUCCACCACCAAGACAUGGGAUACCUACUACGAUCUGCUCAAAAAUAACGACCAAUUCAUCUUGCACGGACAACGCUACACCAUCGCCACCGAGACGACACCCGUUCCAAACAGCACCGUCGGCACUGCUCCUCUCCAGGAGUACUAUGACCAUUGGUUCAACGUGACCGACUCGGUCCUUGAGGUUACCGGUGUUCUCGGAUCCAUCGCUUUCCAGCCUGUACCCAAGACGUUCUCCGAGAAGGCCAAGGCCCGUGGUGGAGUAAGAGACCCAAUACCCUUCAUGUUUCCACAAGCUAAUGAUGAUAGGAUCUCCUCAACGUCCCGACCGACACCAACUAUAUAUUCAUUGAGCUUGACUUUUCCUAUUCACUUGCCUUGGACGACGGCAAGAUCGAUCAGGCCAACCAGAACCUCUACCAAGGCCUGGAUAACUUGGUACAGAAGAACAUCGACGAAGGCCUUCUUCCUGACGUGUACCGACCGCUUUUCAUGAAUGAUCUCUACUUCCGCCAGGACUACUGGGGUCGCAUUGAUCCUGCGUCGAAGAAGUCGGCACUCGCCACGAGACUGCGCUAUGAUCCCGAUGGCUUCUUCCAGAAGCGGACCAGCGGUGGCUGGAGACUGAAUUAAUUGACGAGUGUCGCCGUCCUGGCGGCUGAACAACUUGUACAAGUUUUAAUUUUAUUAUACAUAAUAUUGGAAAUAAUCAUGUUCUCUAUUGAUGUCUCGCUGGACUAUACACACUUAUAAGAAUGGGCGCUGAGGAUGACGCGCACAUUGGAGGUUUAGCUUUCAAUCCAUUCCCGAAAUAGUCACUGCGGCUUGCGAAGAAAGAAUAUACAAGAAAAUUCGGAG